UGGGGCGCGUGCUCUUGCAAGACCCGGCCUGUCCGCGGGGGUGGGGGCCAGUCCGAGGGGUGGGAGACCCUGUCCGCGGGGCCAGUGGUUCCUCGGACUGCAAGUCCUCGGGAAGUGCGAGCUGGAGUGGGCAGCGGCCCAGGCCCGGGGAGCUGGGGGGCCUCGUAGAUGAGGAAUCUGAAGCUUUGAGAGAUAAAUAAGCUUGUUCAGUUGUCUAAUGUUCUUCCUUGAUGAUAAUACCAAGGGCAAAGAAUUUGUCAAGUUCUGAAAUUGCAAUUGAUCCACUUAAAAUGAAUACAGAAGCAGAACAGCUCCUCCUCCAUCAUGCCAGAAAUGGCAACUCUGAAGAAGUUAGACAACUUCUAGAAACCAUUGAGAAGAAUGAAAUCACGGCUGAUAUUAACUGCAAAGGAAGAAGUAAAUCUAAUUUGGGCUGGACACCUCUUCAUCUGGCUUGCUAUUUUGGACACAGACAAGUGGUCCAGGAUCUGUUAAAGGCUGGUGCUGAAGUAAAUGUGUUAAAUGACAUGGGAGACACACCACUUCAUCGAGCUGCCUUUACUGGAAGAAAGGAGUUGGUAAUGCUGCUUUUAGAAUAUAAUGUUGACACCACUGUUGUUAAUGGCAAUGGACAGACAGCGAAAGAAGUUACUCAAGACAAAGAAAUCAGGAACAUGCUUGAAGCUGUAGAAAGGACUCAACAAAGAAAGCUUGAAGAAUUACUUUUAGGAGCAGCAAGAGAAGGCAAAGCAGCAGAACUUACAACUCUGCUCAACAGACCCAAUCCCCCUGAUGUUAACUGCUCGGAUCAAUUGGGAAACACACCCUUGCAUUGUGCGGCUUAUCGAGCUCAUAAGCAGUGUGCCUUAAAACUUCUAAAAAGUGGAGCAGACCCUAAUCUGAAGAACAAAAAUGAUAAGAAACCCCUUGAUCUUGCACAGGGUGCUGAAAUGAAGCACAUUCUUGUUGGUCACAAGGUCAUUUACAAAGCAUUGAAACGAUUUGAGGGCCCUCUCUGGAAGAGUUCAAGAUUUUUUGGCUGGAAUUUAUUCUGGGUAGUGUUAGAACAUGGAGUCCUUUCGUGGUAUAGGAAGCAGCCUGAUGCAGUCCAUAAUAUUUACCGCCAGGGGUGCAAGCAUCUAACUCAAGCAGUAUGCACGGUAAAAUCUACUGAUAGCUCCCUCUUCUUUAUUAAAUGCUUUGAUGACACUAUUCACGGCUUCCGGGUUCCUAAGAACAGCCUUCAACAGUCAAGACAGAACUGGCUGGAAGCAAUAGAAGAACAUUCUGCUUAUAGCACCCACUACUGUUCCCAGGACCAAAUGACAGACGAUGAAGAGGAAGAUGCAGUUUCUACUAUUGACUUGAAGGGAUCCUUAGAGAAAGCACAGAUAUGCCAACAGAAACUAGAUAGAGAAAUUUUCAACUUUCUCAAAAUGAUUAAGGAAUGUGACAUGACUAAAGAAAUGCUUCCAUCCUUUCUUCAGAAAGCUGAAGUUGUCUCUGAAGCUUCUAGAGAAACAUGUGUAGCUCUGAGUGACUGCCUCAAGCUCUUCACUAAACAAGAAGGGGUGAGGAAUCUUAAAUUGGAACAGGAACAAGAAAAAAACAAAAUUUUAUCAGAAGCUCUGGAGACUCUUGCCAGUGAACACCAUGAAUUAGAGCAGUCUCUGGUUAAAGGCUCACCACCUCUCAGCAUACUUAGCGAGGACGAGUUCUAUGAUGCACUGUCAGAUUCUGAGUCUGAACGUACCCUGAGUAGACUGGAAGCAGUGACAACACACUCCACUGAAGAGGAAGAAGAGCAUUUGAGCAGUGGAAAACACAGAAUGUCGGAAGGAAAAGAUUGCGGCAGUGGAGAUGCUCUCUCCAAUGGCAUCAAAAAGCACAGAACAAGCUUGCCCUCCCCUAUGUUUUCCAGAAAUGACUUCAGUAUCUGGAGCAUCCUCAGAAAAUGUAUUGGAAUGGAGCUUUCCAAGAUCACAAUGCCAGUCAUAUUUAAUGAGCCUUUGAGCUUCCUGCAGCGACUCACGGAAUAUAUGGAGCACACAUACCUCAUCCACAAGGCCAGUUCGUUUUCUGAUCCUGUGGAACGGAUGCAGUGUGUAGCUGCAUUUGCUGUAUCCGCUGUGGCUUCCCAAUGGGAACGUACAGGGAAACCUUUCAACCCACUUCUGGGAGAGACUUAUGAAUUAGUUCGAGAUGACCUUGGCUUCAGACUCAUCUCUGAGCAGGUCAGCCAUCACCCACCCAUUAGUGCGUUUCAUGCCGAGGGAUUAAACAACGAUUUCAUCUUUCAUGGCUCCAUCUAUCCCAAACUGAAGUUCUGGGGCAAGAGCGUAGAAGCAGAGCCCAAAGGAACCAUCACCUUGGAACUGCUUGAACACAAUGAAGCAUAUACGUGGACAAACCCUACCUGCUGUGUACAUAACAUCAUUGUGGGUAAACUAUGGAUUGAGCAGUAUGGCAAUGUGGAAAUCACCAAUCACAAGACUGGGGACAAGUGUAUAUUGAGCUUUAAACCCUGUGGCCUUUUUGGUAAGGAAUUGCACAAAGUCGAAGGCUACAUCCAAGAUAAAAGCAAAAAAAAGCUCUGUGCCCUUUAUGGAAAGUGGACUGAAUGCUUAUACAGUGUUGACCCUGCUACUUUUGAUGCUUACAAAAAAAAUGACAAGAAAAACACGGAAGAGAAGAAAAACAGCAAACAGGUGAGCAAUUCUGAGGAAUCGGAUGAGAUGCCAAUGCCAGACUCGGAAAGUGUGUGUGUUAUCCCUGGAAGUGUUCUUUUAUGGCGAAUAGCCCCAAGACCCCCUAAUUCUGCCCAGAUGUAUAAUUUUACAAGCUUUGCUAUGGUUUUGAAUGAAGUAGACAAGGAAAUGGAGAGUGUGAUUCCUAAGACAGACUGCAGGUUACGGCCUGACAUACGAGCCAUGGAAAAUGGAGAAAUAGAUCAAGCUAGUGAAGAGAAGAAAAGACUUGAGGAAAAACAAAGAGCAGCUCGCAAAAACAGGUCCAAGUCAGAAGAAGACUGGAAGACAAGGUGGUUCCAUCAAGGCCCUAAUCCCCACAAUGGAGCACAGGACUGGCUGUACUCAGGCAGCUACUGGGACAGAAACUACUUCAGUUUGCCUGAUAUUUAUUAGAUGCAAAACAAGCCGGGGAAUCGGGUUAAUCUACACAUAUGUCUUAAGCCUAUGUUUGUCAAUCUUUUCCUUGGUUUCUACUCAUCAUUUAAAAAAAAAAUUCUUGAAAUAACUUGCUACAGAAAUCAUACCUAAGGUGACAUUGCUGAUGAAAGUCUUAGAACCAAUGGGUUAUUUUGCUAUCCAAAUGUACUUAUUUGGAAUACCAUUUUAUAGAGAUGUAAUAGGAACUGCUGGAGAAUAUGAUUUUUAUGGUUGCCUGUUGCCAUAUUGAAUGAAGGUUUAUAUCUAAAUGUAACCUUAACUUUAUGGAGUUAUAUAAUGAUCCCAAAUCUAGUAAUUUUAAAUAUUUUUAUUCUGUCAUGCUUGAAUGUUCUAGAUGUAACCUAGAAAUACAAUAUUUAUGUGCUUAUAAAGCUAUGUCAUUUUAUGAAGACUAUAUUGAUAAGAUGGCUUUUCUUCAUACUAGUACUUUCACCUUUACCACUUUCCAACUCCAAAAAGAAAAGGAAAUGUCUGAAUACUCAGAGUAGGUAUUCCUGAUAUGAAAUUUUUGAAUAAUUAAAGCUGGAAAAGGUAUUAGCUUAUUUUACUGCUCUGAAGUUACUUUUACAACUUUGUGUAAUCAAUGACAUUAGAAUUAGUGUUUAAAUUGUACUUGUUUGAUUUGAAAAUGUGUAUAAAAUCUAGCAAUUUACAGAAGUACUUUAGAAAUAGAUUUAAUCACCAUGGGUGCAUAAUAAAAAACUUUUUCAAGUGCUUCAUCUUCCAGUGGCAAGUUCCACCAGAUAAAUUUGCACUUAUAUAUGUAUUAUAAGGAUCAUACUAUAUAAAAGAAGGUCUUGUGCAUUUCAAAUUUGCAAGGCACCUGUACACUUAUAUGGAGACCUACUGUAUAGUAGUAGCUUUACCCCUUUAAUUGGGGUAAAUUUAUUUUAUAGUAUAUAUCUAUACAACUCUAGACUGAGGUAAUGCUUCAAGAGGCCUUAGGUAGAUACCAGUAAUUCUAUUGCUGUCUUUAAGCUAACAAGUGUUAAAAAUGAAUAAUCUACCUGCUGCUAAAUAAAGGUAAUAGAAUAUUC